AUGCCCAUUCGCACCAAAACCCUAGAAAUUUUGGGCGAAACUCUACUCCACACCCGCGAAGACCUCUACUUGCAGAGGCAUCAUCUACUCCUCCCAAGACACCAAUACGAGCAAUCGCAAAGGUCGUCGACGAUGUUUGUAGAAGAAAUUGAAGAUGGGGUUGCGGGUAGAGCCUGGCCAGACAAAGGUGUCGAAGCUGCCGCCCGAAAAGGACCAUCCCCGCCCACUGCGGUCGAUGUCCCAGAUGUUGACAGCCCUUGGAGAACGCAAAUUGACUCCCCGCUGUUCGACUGGAGGAUAAUCGGAAGAUUGCCACAAUCGGUUAGGGUUCGUGAGUUUUUGGGGGUAAACCUCUGGAAGGCGAGGGAAAGGGUAAAUGUUAAUUAG